UAUCAUUAGUUCCUAUAAUAAUGAUAAUAAUAGUAACAAUAUGCUUAUAGUCUGAUUCCUCUGGAAAAGGAACUCAUGGAGGUCAUGAUUUCUCCUACAUAGCUCGUUGUCUCAUAUGCCCAAAUGCCUUAAACAAUUCCAAAAUUGGCCAUGUUUUGUCUCUCUGUUGUGGGCUGCUUCUGACUUUUACUAGAUUCAAAGAGAGGAAUGGAGGGUGACACAUUCUCUGGCCUAGGCAAUGGUGAUGCCAAGAUCAUGCAGACAUUUCAGAAGAGCUUUGUGCAAGUUCAGAACAUUUUUGAUCAGAAUAGGUUACUCAUCAAUGAGAUAAACCAGAACCAUGAGUCUAAGGUCCCCGAUAACCUCACCAGGAAUGUGGGGCUCAUUAGGGAGCUCAACAACAAUAUCAGAAGAGUUUAUGACCUAUAUGCUGAUCUUUCAAGUUCCUUUACCAAAUCCAUGGAAGUUACUUCAGAAGGGGAUUCAAGUGGUGCUGUGAAGUCAGAUGGGAAAGCAGGCCACAAGAGACACAGGCCUGUGUAGAGAGUUUGUUUCCUUGUGAUUCUUUUGCGUGAAGUGUUGAAGGGUAGAACACAAUAUUAAAAUUUAGAAUCUGUAGUUGAAGAAGUUCUAUUGUAUUAGCACAUCACUUACUCCUUAUAUUUCAAAUAAAAAAAAAUGAUAUAUUGAUUUCCCUCCCUAAUCCUUCUCAUUGUAACCUUGUAAUUUGGGAUCUAAUAGAAAUCUAGCAUGGUUGUGUAUUGUGUUACUAAUUCAAUCUUGUUGCUGUUGUUCAAAGUGGAAAUAAGAAAGUCUUUUUAUUUCUUUUA